AUUAGAUUCACAAUUCCAAAGAAAUCCAUAAAGCUGGAUACUAUUACAGAAUUGCCGAAUCACUCAUUCGUAUGGCAUACUAUUAUUCGUUUGAUAUAUCAUACAGAGUGUAUGUGUACAAGGAUACACGAGGUAAAACUACUAUAGAGUUAUUAGAUUCACAAUUCCAAAGAGCAUUUGCAUUGCUAGAGCACAUCAACUCUAUUCGACAUAUUUCUUGAGAAAGGGUUGUGAGAACCUUUGAGGUGUCAGCUUGUUGAUAUGGAACACAAUGUAGAUAACUAGAUACUGGAAUUGCUCUUCAAUGAUCAAGGGCUCCUUAGAGAGUAUCAUGUUCCAUUAUUCUCACAAGAAUCUUUAAUGAGAUCGUGAAUGGCCACCAUAUCGUCUCCCAAGCUAUCCCCAACGAGGACUGUACCUAUCUUCGUCGCCUGAAGAGCGUGCAGAUGUAUGACGGAGUUAUGGAUAACAUUAUCUAUGGUCCCUUCUUUCUGAUGGAGCACCAGAGGAGGCAAGAAGAAGAGAUGGCCUUCCUUAGGGAGUUUGAGAAGAAGGCCUGCUUGGCCGAUGAAGCUCUGAAGGACCUUGACAAGCUGCAGACUGAGUUUGAUGACAUGAAAAAGAAGGCUGAUGCUCCCAAAGAAGAGAGAAAAUCCUUUUGUCCAAAUUGGAUGAUGCAGUGGUUGCUCGGACCAAGGCCGAUGAGGCUCGGGAUGCGGCCGAGCGUCGAGCUGUGGAUGCGAAGCGGGUCGAAGAUGAAGCUGAGAAAGGUGCUGAUAGGGCCAUUGAUCAGUUCAUGGCCGAGGGAUGGAGAACCGAUGAUCAGCGGCGCCCUUGGUGCUAUGAGGUGGUAGUUGCUCGAUUUGAGGAAUGGGCAAAAAAUGACCCUGCUAGUCAAUAGGGGAGAUGAAGGUCUUCUUUGAUCACGGCCAAUAUCGUAUUCAAAAGCUGAUCUACAGGAGCCUGCGCCGACGCUUCCACAACAUGAAACCCCUCGGCCUGAACCUUUCUCGGAAGAUGAACCACCCUGAGGCCGAGCUUGAGUUGCCCUUGGAGUAGAGGCAGCUCCCCAUCCUGAGAUCCAAGAUCGGCGAAGAGCCAUUGAGUGAUGACGAGAUGUUGGAAGAUGGUGCUGCUUCUAAGGUUGCAGACGAAGAAGGUUCUGAGGAUGGAGAUGAAGGGAGUGAUGAAGCCGACGAGGGCGGAGGCCAAGCUGAUGAUGUAGCUUAGUCUUUUUACCUUCUCCUUUUGUUUUGAUGUUUGUGCUUUAGCUUAGAGGCCACGGUGCCCUAUAUUUGUAAUGAUCUAUGAGCCCCCUUUUGUACUUAAAUAUUUUCAUUAAGGGAAAAUCGCACUUUUAGUCCCUGAAAUAAUCAUCAUAUUGAAAUGUCAGAUCCAUAUUUCAAGGAUUGUAAAUGUGACCCCUCAAUUGUCCAAAUUGAUGUAAAUGUGGUCCUUUG